AUGCUUGCAACUGAGAGUCCGCAACCACCGCCCUUGCCCGGGACGGCCGGUAGGACGCAGCCGGUGACGCCUGGCAAGCAGGAAGCCUACUCGUUCGCUUCCGCGCCGCGGGCCGUUCAGGCGCCACGAAAGAAGUAUAGGGAUCCGAACGAGGGAGAUGAGAAGUUCGUGCCGCAAAAUAUCAUGUAUGAUCGUCGAAUCUAUAGAGGCAGUACAUAUGCACCACCAACCUUACCCAUUAACAAUCAACCCGACCCGGUUGCCCUGGAGCGGCAGAACGACAUCAAACGCCGCCUACGAGCAAAACGACGAGCGGAAGCACAACGCCGAGUUCGCACCCCAGACCCAGUCCCAGGGCGCAGACACCAGGACAUACAGACCGAAUUGUACCUUGAGGAGCUCACAGACAAGGUCCCAGAGGCAUACGCAGCGACUCAGACAGAUGCGUUUCUGGACCGAGCGCCAAGUCCAUUGUUCAUUCCCAUGAAGAGCGGCUUGGAUGUGGCGACCCAGGUGUAUGAAGGGGAACUGUUUGACUUUGAUUAUGAGGUCAAGCCUAUCUUGGAGGUGCUUGUUGGGAAAACGAUUGAGCAGGCGCUGAUGGAGGUUCAUGAGGAGGAGGAAUUGGAGGCGCUGAGGAAACAUCAGGCCGAGUUCGAGGCGCGCCGAGCAGCGGAGAACGCGGAGGUUCAAAGGUUGGAGGAUGCCGAACGCCGACGUUCGGAAGAGAAGGAGCGCCGAUUAGCAGAACAGAUCCGCAUCCUCAAGGAGAAGCAGGAGGCAGCAGAGAAAAUUGCGGCCAGGGCCUUUGCACAAUCGUACCUCCAAAACCUCAUGCCAAGUGUAUACCAGAGCUUAACGACCAGCGGAUACUUCUACGAUGCCGUAGAGCGAGAAGUGGACACGCAGUUCUUGCCAUGGUUGACUGGAGAAGUUCAGAAGAAUCUGAAGAAGCGGGCGACGGCCCAAUGGAUAGUGGACGACUUGCUACGCAAUACCGUUCGAAGGAUGGAAGCUUGA